CCGCCAGUACAAAUUUAAAGAAGAAGAAGCGAGGAAAAGACUCGCGUAUUCGCAAAUAUCGAAGCUGAAACAAAGCAUGCAAUUAAUUUUUCGUUAUGCAUGAGACUUUAUAUUCGCAAAAUAUCUGUGAAAAUGCCUAAAUCAAUCAAGAAGUCCUGCACUACCCAGACAUCCAUAAGUAGCUACUUCGGCGGGUUGAGCAGCAGUGCCUCUGACAGAAACGUUCAAUCCGGUAUUAUCGGUAACUCUGUUGAGCUAUGUGCUGGGCUGAAACCAGGACCUAGAGGAAAGCAUAAGCAUUCUCCGAAUAAUAAUCGUGGGUCAUUAUGGAAACGAGCCAAAUUGGCCCAUAAUGGACAGGAAAAGGAGGACAUGAACUGUGAGGUCAUAUCCUGGCGUGUCAAUGAAAUCAGGGUCCCCUCCUCUCGAGGGGCAGGCAUCCUCUCCUCUUCCACCCUGGAGAGACUGAAGGGCUUCGUCUGCCCUAGUGAGCCCCAAGGCAGAGGCCCUCCUGGGCCCCGGAAUGCGGGUGGCGGGCCUGGGGAUGUAGGUGGUAGGCCUGGUGACGUAGGCGGUGGGUGUGCUCAUGGAGGUAAUGGGCCUGGGGAUGUAGGAGGUAGGGAGGCUGUGGCCCACGGAGAAAUGACUGGUGAUCAAGAGAGACAGAAAAGUGAAGAGGAGUGGCGGAGUCCAGAGCCAUCAACCAAAAAACAGGCCCUCAGCCUCAUUCAGUUUGCCAAGCCAGGAGAAGGAAGAAGAAUAAGAAGGGGGGGUGUAAUGAAGACUCCUCCAGGAGUAGGGGGUGAAGUCUCUGUGACCAGUGCCCCCUGUAGGAUCUCUAAGAGUGGGUACACUCCUCUAGAGCAGCAGUACCUGCAGAUUAAAGAGCAACAUAACGACGCUCUAUUGGCUGUGGAGUGUGGAUACAAGUACAGGUUCUUUGGAGAGGACGCAGAGAAAGCAGCGAAGCAGCUGAACAUCUUCUGUCACCUGGACCAUAACUUCAUGACGUGUAGCAUUCCCACACACCGCUUGUUCGUUCACGUACGACGCCUUGUCUCCCAGGGCUACAAGGUGGGCGUGGUGAAGCAGACAGAGACGUCGGCCAUUAAGGCCUCCGGAGCCAAUAAGAACACUUUGUUCACCCGCCAACUCAGCGCACUCUACACAAAGUCUACACUGGUGGGGGAGGACGUCAACCCAGUGCAUAGUCUGGUUGAUGUGGAGGAGGGAGAGUGUGAUGAUGUGGUGACAGAUCCUCCAGAGAGCUACCUGCUCUGUCUCAGUGAGACCUGGGAUAAACACAGAAAACAACUAAUCAUUGGGCUGGUGGCGGUGCAGCCCAGUACAGGUGACGUGCUGUUGGAUUGUUUUGUGGACGGCUCAACGCGUUGUGAGCUGGAGGGGCGAGUCUUAAAGGUCAAACCUGUAGAGAUCCUGGUGCCCUCUGACCUCUCAGACUCCUCCCACAGACUGCUGCAGAGCAUCGUCACUGCCAGUGUGCAGGCUGGUGAUGGUGUACGUAUAGAGAAGAGGGACAGUGCUCAGUUUGACUUUGCCUCUGCAAUGAACACUGUCACUGAGUUCUAUUGUCACACACAGGACUCAGGUUCCAGACCUCUCUCCAGUAUAGCCUCUUUGGAAAGCCCUGUGGUCUGCUGUCUGGGUCCUCUCAUCCACUACCUCACAGAGUUUAACCUGCAGAGAGUACUACUGCACCACAGUUCGUUCAGGCACCUCUCCUGUGAGUCAGACGGUAUGGUCCUCAGUGCUCCCACUCUCAGAAACCUGGAGAUACUCACCAACCAGACAGAUGGAGGUAUGAAGGGCAGUUUGUUGUGGGUGUUAGACCACACCCACACCUCAUUUGGUAGAAGACUGAUGAGGAAGUGGGUAAGCCAGCCCCUCAAAGACGCACAGUCUAUAUGUGAGAGACAAUUUGCUGUAUGUGAGAUCCUGGAGUCUGAUGCCGUCACCCUGCCCUCCGUUAGAGCCCUGCUCUUCCGACUGCCAGACCUGGAGAGAGGAGUGUGCAGCAUCUACCACAAGAAGUGUUCCACCCAGGAGUUCUAUCUCAUCAGCAGCAGUCUUUCUCGGCUGGGGGUGGAACUACAGGCUCUGCUCCCAUCCAUCCAAUCACAGCUCAGCUCCACUCUGCUCCGAGGGCUCCUAUUGGACACACCUGAACUGCUGGCUCCCGCUCACAACUUUCUCAAAGUCCUCAACGAGAAGGCAGCCAAGUCAGGGGAUAAGAGGGAGCUGUUCUGUGACCUAUCGGGCUUCCCAGUGCUCCAGGGGAGGAGAGUCGAGAUCCAAUCGGUUCUGACUGAGAUACAAGACCACCGGAGAGAGGUCCGAAAAACACUCAGGACCCCCACACUGGACUACGUCAGAGUCAGUGGACAAGAGUUCUUGAUAGAGGUGAAGAACUCUAUGGUGUCUGUGGUUCCGUCCGACUGGGUUAAGAUCAGCAGUACUAAGGCAGUGAGUAGGUACCAGUCUCCGUACCUGAUAGGAAGAUGUAGGAGUCUGUCCCAGCUCAGAGAACAGCUGCUCAUCGACAGCCAGAAAGAAUGGACCAACUUCCUACAUCAGUUUGGGGAGUACUACCACACUAUGAAGAAGGCUGUUGGUAACUUAGCAACAGUGGACUGCCUGUUCUCAUUGGCUGAGGUGGCUAAGCAGAGGAACUACUGCAGGCCGGUGUUGUGUGAGGGAGACCGUCAAAUCGUGAUCAGGGACGGCAGACAUCCUGUGAUAGACUUACUGAUGGGAGAGCACACACAAUACGUCCCCAACAACACAGAACUACAGGGUGACGGGAGGAGGACUCUGAUAAUAUCAGGCCCAAACAUGGGGGGUAAGAGCUCCUACAUCCGCCAGGUGGCACUAGUCAGCAUCAUGGCCCAGGUGGGAUCAUAUGUACCAGCUACAGAGGCAAGACUGGGCAUCCUGGAUGGCAUAUACACCAGAAUGGGGGCGUCUGACAGCAUCUAUAAGGGCCGGAGCACAUUCAUGGAGGAGCUGACGGAAGCCUCGGAAAUUGUCACCCGGGCAACCGAGAGGUCAUUGGUCAUCCUGGACGAGUUGGGGCGGGGCACCAGCACCCACGACGGGAUAGCUAUCGCCUAUGCUACUCUGGAGUACUUCAUCAGAGAUGUGAAGUCUCUAACUCUGUUUGUGACCCACUACCCUCCUCUGUGUGAGCUGGAGAAGGUGUAUCCUCUGCAUGUAGGCAACUUCCACAUGGCCUUCCUCCUCAAUGAACCAGACAUCACCACAGACGACAUUGAGGUGCAGCCAGAGUUCAUCACCUUCCUGUACCAGCUGACUGAGGGGGCGGCAGGGCAGAGCUAUGGGCUAAAUGUUGCCCGAUUGGCUGAGAUUCCAGAAGCUAUACUCCACAUCGCCGCACGCAAAGCACAGGAACUAAAGAACAUCGUCGACGCCCGGAGAAAGAGCAAGAGGUUGUUUGCUGAACUGUGGCGCAUCGACGACAGAAAGGCUCUUUUGGACUGGGUACAGCUAAACUCCUGAUCACACACAUGCAUGCACGAAUGUACACACACAGAAAUCCCUGGCCGUUGUGACUCUAAGCCUGGUUUGUCCUGUUGUGUUCUCCAUAAAGUCUCUCUAGCCCUGACUCAGGAAGGACUAAAGCCCUGAGGGAACAGGAGGAACAGCAUUAAUCUCUGUGUCUAUAGAAAAUGGACACACAUACCAUUAAAUGCCUGAGCACAUGCAAGUGCGCGGCGGAUUAGCGGGACAAGUGAUGCGAGACCUAUCUCUAAACCCAGUCAUUUUUUUAUUGAACCUUUAUUUAACUAGACAAGUCAGUUAAGAACAAAUUCUUAUUUGCAAUGACGGCCUACACAGGCCAAACCUGGACGACGCUGAGCCAAUUGUGCGCCGCCCUAUGGGACUCCCAAUCACAGCCAGUUAUGAUACAGCCUGGAUUUGAACCAGGGUGUCUGUAGUGACGCCUCUAGCACUGAGAUGCAGAGCCUUAGACCACUGCGCCACUCGGGAGCCCCAAGUCAGCAAAGAGACGGAACAGUGAUCCUGGAUUUUUCAGAACCAGUAAUUGCCUGAAGGCCGCUAGGACCACAAUGGCCAUCUCCAUCACUAUAAUGUCUGUGUGUGUGUCUGCUUCCUCUGACCAGCAUAGAUUAUCUCUCAGUCUUUGGCCGGGAUUUCAAUCCAAGGUGCGUUAUAGAGCAGUGCAUGCAUAAUAAUGAAUUAAUAAUAUUGUUUUUCUUUGGUACCAGGUAGUUUAAUUGUAUUAAAGUAAGUAAAUACCUAAAAGUACCCAGUUACCACAUAGAUUGUUGGUCAAUACCAGCUGAAACAGCAAGUUUAUCUAUGGUUAGGGAAACUCAUAGCAUUAAUGGCAUGGCUGCACGCUUGCUGUGAUUCCAGUAUGAGACCGCGCAGAGAAGCAGGGAAUAUAGUUAUUUUGACAAGCAUAGGCGAGAGACAUGCUUUGAUAAUGCAACCUAUGGUUUACAGAAUGAAGUCAGGAAUUUGCAUUCGAGACAGGAUUUAGGAUUUUGGUUUCAGUGUGAUUGGGACUGGAUAGGAAAAUGGCCUAGGCUCUAGGACAGGAGAAGAUAGUUUUCCCUCAUGCCUCUCUGAAUUGUUAGGACUUCAUGUCUGUGACAGAGAGGCCUUCAGUGGGGCAAAAAAGUAUUUAGUCAGCCACCAAUUGUGCAAGUUCUCCCACUUAAAAAGAUAAGAGAGGCCUGUAUUGUCAUCAUAG